UUAAUUAACUUUACAAACAGAGUGCUAGCUUUUCAAUAUUUCAAAGCUAAUAUAAGACCAUUCCCAUAAUAAUCUUACAAAAAGUGAAGAAGAAAAUGAAGAGUGUGUUCUUGUUAUUUUUUGUUUUAGUUGAAGUAAUAUGUUGUGAAGGUUGUUGGAAGCAAGAGAGAGAAACACUUAUGUCUCUUAAUUCCCGUUUGGGAAAUGGUCUGUCUUGGGUAGAUAACACUGAUUGUUGUCAAUGGGUAGGAAUUGAAUGCAACACCACCACUGGAAGAAUUGCUAAAAUCACACUUCAAUCCUAUAUUGGACCUCCAUGGCAUCUUAACUACUCUGAUUUUCUUAUCUUCAAAGAUUUGAAGAUUCUCGACCUUUCAUCUACUCAAUUAUCCAAUUGUACAAGAGUUGCUCAAGGGUUGAAAAAUCUGGAAGUCAUAAACUUGGGUGGUAAUAAUUUGGAUAAUGCUACCACCAUCCUGUCUUGUUUAGAUGGACUUUCAUCUCUCAAGUCUCUAUCGUUGUCCGGGAACUUGUUCGAUACGACUUCUUCCCAAAUUUUUCAGAUAGUUUUGGAGAAACUUUCAUCAAAGUUGUUGCAUCUUGAGGUGCUUGACAUAGGUUACAACAAUUUGACUAAUGAAAUCCUGCCAUCACUUAGGGGGUUCAGAUCUUUGAAGGAAUUGCAUAUGCCUGGCAUUGGAUUAGACUCGGAUCUUCACAUUCAAGGAUUAUGCGCCGUGUUGAAGAAUGUAGAGAUACUUGACAUCUCUUACAACAACUUCAAUGACACUGAUAUUGCAUCUCCUCUUAGUGAGCUUUCUUCCCUCAAGAAGUUAAAUCUACAAGGGAGUGAAAUUACUCAGAGAUCUAUUCAUAAUAUAUCAAAAUUAAGGUCUUUGGAGAUCCUUGACUUGGCUGGGAACAAUUUGAACUUAUGGCCUCGAGAGAAUCAUGGAUUUGCAUGGCCAGCAAGUUUACAACAUCUUGUGUUAAGGGCAAACAGUUUGAAUAACAAUAUUCUUUAUUCCCUAAACGGUCUUACACGUCUCGAAUCUCUUGACUUAAGUAUCAACAACUUGAAAGGAUCACUCGAUAUUUGUGGAAUGUCGACUUUAACCAGCUUGAAGAUUCUCGAUUUUAGAAGGAUAAUAGACUGAUCAAAAUGGUUUAUGUGGAAUCGGAGUGACCAUCUAUGUCAGCCCAAACAUGAGUGUAGGCUUUUCUUUUUUGUCGAAAACAAAGAACAAAAAUACCAGCAAUAUGUAUGUGGUACAAGUUGUAGGUUAAGCUUGACACUUACAACCGUGUUCAAAUCCCAGAUCUUAGUGUGUACUA